AUGGCGUCGUUAUCAAAGAAAUGGGCCAGGAUCAUUUCUCGCGUCGCUUCUCAAAUUUAUUUCCUCCUCAUUAUUUUCCAAGUUCCUCUUUUCAGAUUCCCGUGUAGAAUUGGCAUGUGCGAAACACCUGUGGAGGUGACCUCCUCUCAGCUGAUUGCGAGUGAGGUUCUUCCCACAGUGGUAGUAAAGAUCAUUCUGUCUCCUGGAGCCAUUGCAAAAGCCAUUGCCAAGAAAACAAGCAUACCGACCUACAACGACUUGCUGAGUACUGGGAAAUUCAUCAACAUGGGUAAAGGGCCGUCAACAAUCGAUCUCAAGCAUAUGGAGGUUCUUGCAGGAAGCUACUUCUCUUUAGCCGGAGCAUUUCUAGGUCUAAUAAGAUCUGGAAGGAUGAGCCUCUUUGGGGUAAUGCUCAUCAUUUUGGGAAUUGCCAGGGAAGUCAAUUUUGGAAAGCAUGCGCCUAACGAUCCUUCUAAAGAAGUUUGCAUGUACCGUUCAAUGUACAUUGCUGUGCUUUCUGCUUUCUUUUCUAUUAGAGGGGAUGUCAGAAAGCUAAUCCGCAGUAGCAAAGUUAAACAUAUUAUUCAUCAGCUGAGGCAUUCAAAAGCAAAGCGUAAAUGAGUUGAUAACUUGUUGUUUUACAUUUCUGGAUUUUUUUCACAAAGAUGAUGCAGAAGAGGGGAAAUGGACUUGUCAAGGCAUUGCCAUUUUGCUGCCUCUAUUAUAACUUUCUGACCAUGCGAAUUAGCCCAAAUCAAGACAGUACUCCGUCUACUUUGGCACAAAUGGUCAUCUCAAGUUAGCCGGUGUGUAUUUCACUUCCCAUCUAGCUGUAGCUUAUUCUGACAGAGCAUCAACUAGUGCCGCAAGGCUUGUAAACGAAAAUUGGUUCCAUUUCCUGAUUCAUUUCAUCAUGUGCUCACUAGCUAUUUACAAUUUUGGAACAUAUAAGCUUUUGUACAAUGCUGUGAUAUCACCGAGACUGGAGUAUCAGUCUUAAAUGCUGCCAGGUGGUUUGAUUGACAUUCAGACUUCUGUGAAGUCUUUUUGUUCC